UCACUUCCCUCCCACAAUGUUUUCCAGAGCCUUUUGCAAUUACGGCUCAUUUCUCUAGGUUUCCUACGGCAGGCAUCUGAACAGAAUUAAAGUGCAAGCACGUGCCAAAAUAAUCUGUUCCCAAGAUAGUAAAUGCCGGGAAGUUCUAUAUUAGAACACGCCGAGUGCUGACUGGCUGGGGCGUGAUUAACCUAAUAAGCUUAAAGCUCCGCUUGCCAUCCACAUCUGUCAGGACGUGAGGAAAACACGGACGGGUCCAUAAUCCAUGAGCCUGGGGCCCCUCGGACUGUCCCGCUCCUCGAUAACAGCAGAGGAUUCAAAAGUUAGGGUGACAGGCAUGGGCUGCAAGUCUAGGAGUUUGUACCAUGGACUCCCAAUCUGGUCUGGAGUUGCCCAGAUAGACUAGCCAGAGAGCCCAAGGAUUCUCCAAAGACUGUCCAGGUAGAAGAUGGUGACAAGUUGAAACCAUGGGGUGCACACCAUCACACAAUGCCAUUGUCCACAGUGUUGCCAAGAGCGGCAUCCAGUUCUUUAAGAAGCCCAAGGCGGUUUUGCCAGGUUGUCAGCGGGGCAGCCAAAAAUGUUCCAUUCCUUUGCUGGUUCAAAGUUCUACCUUCUGUGACCCUGGUGGGGAGCUGCACCUGGAAGAGAAGCUGCCAGAGGAGAUGACAACUUCCAAGAAGCUCCAAACCAUGGCUGAAGGUCUUUGUCAGCUCACAAAAGAUAAGAAAGGACUGGUUCCAGAAAGCCAAGCCUUCCAGAUGAACGAAUCUCAAAGCCACAAGGCUACAGGCAUUUCAUUCAAGACAGAAGGCUGCCACGGGCUACAAGAAGGAGAUUUUUCUGGGAAAGAGAGUAAGGAAAACAUUCGCCAGGAGACCUCAAAAGGGGACAGCAAGCCAGUGUGCCAUCAUCAGUCAGACAACCAGGGCCACUGCUCUCGCACCACUCCUGGGUCAAAAGGCAAAGUGGACUUUCCUGAGCCCCUGGUAAAGGCCCACCAGCAUGCUUAUGCCUAUCUGCACACCAGCCUUUCAAGAUAUGAAGCAAUUCUGUGCCUCGUCCAGCAAGCCAGCCAGACCCGGGAGCUGUUGCAGCCCAUGCUUAGCUUCCUGCUGCUGUGCUUCGAGGAGGUCAGCCAGCUUCUGGGAGAAAUCUCCAAAGAUGGAGAAGUGCUUCUCCAGGAAGUUAGAAGGGAUCUGGCAUGGCCUUCGAGGAAAGGUGAGCCUGGGGAACAGCCAGAUCUCCUGCAACAGCUGCUGCGGUACACCGUCAACAAGCUGCUGGUGGUCCACAGCACUGUGGCCGCCCUCACCGGGAGCUUCCUGGAGGGCUCCUGCUGCUACCUCAGUUCCACCGCUGGCCAGCUGGAAGGUAAGCUGAGCACCAAGAGAGGUAUAGAUGAAUGCCUCCUAAGGGCCCUGGGACAACUAGAGAGCCUGACCAGUGGCCAUGGAGACCCCGGGCUGCUGGGUCCACCCUUAUGCUCUGAGGACAGUGGCAUUGGUGCCGACAAUGAGUCUGUGCAGUCCAUGGAGAAGCUGGGCAAGCAAGCCAGCUGGGACUUUGCAGCGGAGCCUGAAGAUGGGAAGUUGGGGACUGUAGCCCAAGUGGAAGCCAGGCCAUCGGGGCAUGCCUGGCAGAAAGGUCCAUACUGGACAGGUUCAGACAGACCCCAGGACUGUCCACUGCCAAGUCCUAGGAUAGCAAAGGUUCAACCUGCAGUACAGGAUGAUGCCAGGAGUUCGGGUGCCUCUGGGACAGGACCAGAAGCAGUCACCUCCAGGCCUCCAGAGGCUGCCAAAAGCAUUCCGUGGGACUCUCUGGGAGUUGAGAUCCCUGUGCAAGCACAUCUUUCUCGAAGCCCCGGGUCAAUGGAUGCUCCAUCCCUGAGUGAAGAUGAGAGCAGCAGCCCAGAGGAGGAAGAUGAAGUUAGCAGCAGGGAUCUGCACGCUGAGCCACAGAAAGCCUCACCUUCAAGACCACGGUCCUCACCUGCCACCCGGGAAAGCCUGUUUCAGCCAUACUCCGGGAAGCUUAGGAGCCCCGAGGCCCAGGAAAUGAUUUUGAAGAUGAAAGAGGCUAUCAGUGAAAGGAUCAAGUUUGUCCCUGUGCCUUCCAGGCCCCAAGACUGGGCUGAGGAGGAGGAGGGGAGAAUAAAGAUCCCUCCGAGACCCAGAUCAGUCAGUGGCAGCAGGAGAGCCCCUGAGAGACAAAGGAGGUCACAGUCAGAGGGAUGUCUUAAGGGCCAUGUGGAAGACCCCACCCUCCAGGAGCUGAGGAGGGUCCAGACAGACCUCAGUAAGAGGCUAGAGAUAUUUUAUGCCCUGGGUGUCACGCGGCAGGGGCAGAGCAGGGAGCAACAUCUGCGAUGCAAGGCAUCAGUGCUGUGGUCCCCCACCAACUGCAGGGUGGGCCCCAGUAGUACCAUCAGCAAGUUCAAGGCCUCCCUCACCAAAAACUUCAGCAUUUUGCCCAAUCAGGACAAGAGCAUCUUGCAAAGGAGUAGUGCCCACUGUGACACUGACCAGCCCUGCCAGGGGAAGCCUGAGAAGCUGCCAAACGCUGUCUUUUGCUGUGAGAAGGACAGUAAGGCUCCCAGGGACACUGAAUGGGACAUCAGGGCCCGUCCCACCAGAACAUCAGUCAAGAGGCUAAUUGAAACCUUUAGUCCCACUGAGAGUCUGAGGAUGCCAGGGGACUCCAGGAACUUGGGGUCAAGCCCCUGCCUCAAGAAGUGGGGGGUUCCUGCCAUGCCUCCCAGAUUUCCUAUAUACAGAGGGCUAGCCCCUCUGUAUCCAAAGCCCCAAAUUUCUCCAGCUCUCAAGGGGAGCACAGGCUGGAGGCCUUCCGCACCCGUUCCCUGUCUUCCUACCGCAGAAGCGUCCAAGAGUGAAGACAGAAACUGUGAGGCAGAGGAGGCCCUCGAGAAUCUCCCUCCACCACCUCUCGAAGUCCUGCUGGACAAGUCUUUCACUGCCCUGGAGCACCAAGACAGCAACCAGCCAGCAGGGAGCUCCCUGGACGAGACCCUGGGGCCAGAGCUGCGAGGGGCCAGCCAUCCAAGAAGAACAUGGAUUUCCUCCAAGCUGAGAGCCUCCAUGAGCCCCAUGGACUUACUCCCCAGCAAAGGAACUGGCAGUUCCCCAAGGCUGCACAGCACCGCCGCCGUACCAGGGAGCACCAGGAACAUGGGCAGUUCCAGAAAGCUGACCUUGGACCUGAACUCCCAGCAAAGAGCUAGCCCAAGCCCAGAGGCUGAGGGUGGGGCUCCGACUCAGGCACAAGCAGAGAAUGCUGCAGGCCUAGCCAAGCAUCACCAGAAGGCAAUUACCUGGCACCACACCAACCCAGCCUCUGAGCAAAGCAGGACCUUGGAACCCAGCCUGGCCAGACCUUCACGAGGUCCACACUCUUCAGCAGCUGCCAGGAAAGGUCCCGAGAGAAGCCCUCCAGGAGUCAGAAAGGCCUGUCCCCCAAGGGCACAGUGGGCAUCCCAAGGGGACAGGAGGCUGCAAAGCCUGCCCUCCUCUCCUGGACUGCCCCGGCCAGGCCUCCCUGCUGUUGUCAGCUCCCCCAGCCCCCCUCUGAGCCCCGGAACACUGAGCCCACCAGCCACAAGGAAACCAACUUCCCCACCAUGCCAGCACCCUGAACCCAACUCAGCCCCAGGGAGCCCUCCUGCCCAGUGGACAGAAAGAAGCAACCCUUCUUCUGUGUCCCCUUCUUCAGCCUCAGUGUCUCCCUCUCGGGGGUCCAAGGAGACCAGUCACUCUGAGGACAGUGAAGCUACCACAGCCAAAGCAUCCAGGAACACGUGUUCCGUAUUCUGCCCGGCCACCUCCUCUCUGUUUGAAGCUAAACCGUCAUUCUCAGCAUCCCAACCACGGACACAGCCAGAACCCAGGGGCCCUUUGAGGAUCCCAACGGGAGGCUGGAGGGGCAGCUCAGGGCCUCGACUGAGGUCGGAUUCACAGAGGAGAGCGGCUCUGAGCUCGCUCAAUCCCUUGCCUUUUGUCAGAAGGACAGCUUCAGACUGCCAGCGCCAGCAGGGCUACUCACUUCAGCUGCCGGGCUCCUCUUGGGAAUCCCAUCCCUGCCAAAGCAGCGGCAGCAGCAGCAGCAGUGAGGAGAGCCCCAAGCACGAGCUCCCAUCUUGGAACAACUCUCAUGUCCCAGAGCUGCAGGGCAGUGGCACCAAGUGGGCAUCCCCUCUGGAACUCUGUGUUCUGGGCCAUGGGCUGCAACCAGAAGCCCGUAUGACCCGAAACCAGGACAGAUCUCAGCCAGAGUCAGGGCCCCAGCACAAAGAAGUGGCGUGA